CAUUUGGCUUUAUAAAAGACUAUAAUACUUUUACAUAUGUGAUAAUUAAAGUAUUAGAAAAUAAUGGCAAAACGACAAUCCAUUAUUCAGUAUUUCUGUUCUCCAUAUAUCAUCAACUGGUUAUUCUAUUAUAUUUUAAUGCAAGUCAAUUUUUCGCCGUAUUCAAAACUAAGCCAACCUGUUACCACCCCAUCCUCAUAAUCAUUUUCAUAAUAUUCCUCUCUACCUGUAUAUCUAGCUGCUAUAUAAACAAACUCUCCCACAGCCAAAACCUUCAUAAGCCUUUGAAAUCUUAGAGCUAAAGACCACAAGCUAGCUCAACAAUAAUGGCGAUAAAGCUUUUUUUCCUUGUUCUAUUCGUGUCCUUCGCUUCUUUACUUUCCCCAACCCAUUCUAGUAGUAAUGAGAAUGUUCUCGAUAUCAAUGGCAUAGAUUCGUGGUGCAGCAAAACACCAUACCCUGAAACCUGCAAAUACUCAUGGAGUCAAGACCAAAAGCACUCUGUUAAAAUCCCAAAGCAGAAAUCUGAUUUCAAGAAGCUCUUACUCCGAGCCACAAUGCAACAGGCACUUAAAGCUCAAAGCCACAACAAGUGGCUCGGCUCCAAGUGUCGAAAUCAUAAUGAAUUGGCUGCGUGGGCUGAUUGUUUAAAGCUGUACGAGGACACCAUCAUCUUGCUCAACCAAACUCUAGACCCCACCACCAAGUGCACCGACUUCGACGCUCAAACUUGGCUCAGCACCAUGCUGACCAACCUCGAGACAUGCCGAGCCGGGUCGAUGGAGCUUGGGGUCUCGGACUUCUUAUUGCCUAUCAUGUCCAACAAUGUGUCCAAACUCAUAAGCAAUACUUUGUCUAUCAGCAACGACUCGGUCCGGCCAGAAACGCAUAGAUAUCAAGAGGGCUUUCCAAGUUGGCUCUCCUCGGGCGACCGCAAGCUAUUGCAGUCGUCGUCACCAACUCCGAACGUUGUAGUGGCGCAAGAUGGAUCUGGAAACUUCCAGACAAUUAAAGCUGCAUUGGAUGCGGCGGCACAGAGAAGUGGAAGCGGUAGGUUUGUUAUAUAUGUGAAGAGAGGGGUGUAUAAAGAAAACCUUGAUAUUGAGAAGAAACUGAAGAAUAUUAUGUUGGUUGGUGAUGGGAUGAAGUACACCAUUAUCACCGGUAGCCGGAGUGUUGGAGGUGGCUCCACAACUUUCAACUCUGCAACAGUUGCUGUGACUGGUGAUGGAUUCAUUGCCCGGGGCAUAACAUUCCGCAACACGGCCGGUCCACAAAACCAUCAAGCGGUUGCCCUCCGAUCAGGAGCUGAUCUAUCGGUCUUCUAUCGCUGCGGUUUCGAAGGAUACCAAGACACACUCUACGUCCACUCCCAACGACAAUUCUACAAAGAAUGCUACAUCUACGGCACCGUUGACUUCAUUUUCGGAAACGCGGCGGUCGUUCUCCAAAACUGCUUGAUUUACGCUCGCAGGCCAAUGGACGGCCAAAAGAUCGCAAUCACGGCCCAAGGCCGAACAGAUCCCAACCAAAACACCGGCAUUUCGAUCCACAAUUCGCGAGUCAUGGCCGCUGCAGACCUUAAACCGGUGCUUAGCUCCUUCAAGACCUAUUUGGGCCGGCCAUGGAAGGAAUAUUCUAGGACAGUAUUUUUGCAGUGUUUUUUGGAUACUUUAGUGGACCCUGCUGGCUGGCUUGAAUGGAGUGGUAAUUUUGCACUAAAUACUUUGUACUACGGAGAGUACCGAAACUUUGGUCCUGCAGCCUCCACCGGCCGUCGGGUCAAUUGGCGUGGUUAUCGCGUUAUAAGUAGCGCAUCGGAAGCGUCGCGGUUUACAGUUGCCAACUUUAUAGCUGGAAGUUCAUGGUUGCCUUCAACCGGUGUGCCAUUCACUUCGGAUCUUUGAUAUGCGCUCGCGUACUAUAUAUGUUACUACUGUACCAUAUGGGUUUUCCUUGUUGGGUAUUUUUUAUUGGUCAAUUUGUUAUUUUAUUGGUUUAAUAAAAACAUUUAUGUGAAAUAAAGUUCGUUCUUUUAAUUUAUUUUUCUAAACAGUAAAUAAAGAUGUAACUUGGAUAUUCAAUGUCUUUAUUCUUGUAUCAAUAAAAUAUUAGUUAUCCUUUGAAUAAAUAUAAAUAUAAUUUGAAAAUUGGUUUUGCU